CGGCUAUAUGCCGCGGUCGAAUUGGACUUCCAAUCCGAUAACAUUAGUCACAUUGCUGGCUUCGCGGCCGCCGUCAUCUUAACGGGGCUGCAUCGACCAAACUGGGCAAAAAGAAUACCAGCUUUGAUGAGCUUUGCGUUCGGACUUUGGCUACUAGAUCGUACAAUCAGAGCCUCCAGGAUGCUUUACAAUCUCGUCAACAACUCUGUCGCCUUCUAUCCGCUCCCGGAUGGAGGCACGCGCCUGCUUCUCAAAAGGCCAGGCCUCCAAGCUGCCUCACCCGGGACUCAUAUCUUCCUGUGGAUCCCGCGGGUCCAUAUCUAUGAGAAUCAUCCCUUCACAAUCGUGAACAAUGGACCCUCUGGCUUGGAGAUUGUGAUGAAAUCUCACCAGGGUUUUACCAAAGCUGUCAGCAAAUUUGCUACAUGCCAUCCUCGUUCUACGGCGUGGGCAUCGGUCGAUGGGCCCUACGGUGUAUGUCCCAACAUGGACAACUACGACAAAUUGAUCUUUAUCGCUGGUGGGAGUGGAGCGGCUUUCACGUUUGGCCUCAUGAAUCGGAUCCUUGGACAGUCUGAAAGACCUAAGCUUCAGUCCGUCGAGUUUGUGUGGACUGUCAGACGUACAGAUCAUCUGAAGUGGUUCUCCGAGCAUCUCAGUAACCUCAUGAAGAUGGGACCGGCUGUCAGAGUAUCACUCUUUGUCACAAACGAAGAGGCAACAUCAAGCUCAAUAGCCCCGCCAUACGAUAUCGCUCACGAUGUCGAAAGUCAGCUACUUUCUGGAAACAGAACCCUGGGUUAUGGAGCCGUAUCGAGCUCCGACGAUACAAGUAGUCUGCUUGCCCGAACAAACGGCCAUGAAGUCGAGCAGGCUUAUAACCUCCAUUUUAGAAGGAUGGAUAUAGAGUCGGUUAUCAGUGAUGCCAUGCAGUUUGUUGAGAGUCGCCAAAGAGUUUUGAUGGCCACUUGCGGCCCAGAAUCGCUGAUGGAAGCUGUAAGGGAUUCGGCGGAAAGUUGGCGGAAGAGGCGAGACCUUCGAAUAGACGUACACUCUGAAGACUUUUAG